AUGGCUCCCACCACCAACCGCCCCGAACACCACAUCAACCUCAACUACAUCCCCCAGCUGCCCCAGCCGCCGCACUCGGGCUCCUCGACGGGCAACACCUCGCCCGUUGAGCCUCCCAACAGCGGCUCUCUGCGCUUCGCUGGCAAUGCCCCGAACCCGCUCGGCAACGCGAGGCUCGGCAACGGGUCCCCGUCGCAUGAGUAUGGCAGCCGCCUAUUUUCCAAACGUGCACGCGAGAUUCAGGCACAGGAGGGCUUAACUCCGCAAAUGUGGGGACCUCCUACCAGCGGGAAUUCCACGCCGCUGCGCGAGACCAUCCCGGAGUCCCCCAACAGCGAGAACUUGAGCUUCCCCGACUUCAACAACGCCGUGCCAGACACCAUGUCAGCUGCACCCGCUCCCAACCGCCGCGCCCGCGCUGGCACCCUGCCCUCCCGCUUCUCCCCCUCCGCUGCCCCUCCUGGCCUCAUGUCCGGCUCCUCGCUGCUUCCCAAGAGCUCCCGACCAACGCCCUCGACGAGCCCCUUCAAGCCAGGGCCAGGCACACCAACCGACAACUCGAGCUUCAACGCGCUUGGGUCUACAAACGCUGCGGCCAAGUCUGCACUGCUCUCACGUCUGCGUGCUGGCUCAAUGCCUCAGCGACCGGGUGGCUACCUCCCUCCCUCCAACUCGCCGUUCGGCAACUCCAUCUUCUCGGGCGGCUGGUCAAACCAGCGUGACCGCAGCAGCACACUCCAGAGCAUUGCCUCGGUGCCCUCAAACGGACAAGGCUCGCCAAGGUCUUCCUUCUCCCGCGACUCGCUCGCCGACACCGAUGUCAAGACCCUGGACUACCUUGGUCUAGUCGACACCCCGCAGCCUGCACGAGCUACCCUGGCUCCGUCCGACAUCGAGCUCCUCCUCGAGAGCCAGAGGAACGCCAACAACCAGAACUCUGGUGGUGCAAACCGCUUCCGUUCCUACUCUGUCAACGCCAAGGAGAAGUACGCCGAAGAGGAGGAGGAUCAAUAUGGCGCAUACAGCGGCACCAUCACUCCUGCCGAAGCCAACGCACUUCUCAUUCACGAAGCUGUUCGCCAACACAACCUCGAAGUUCAGGCCUUUGCGAACCUCGCCUCAAACGCGCGCCCACGUGCUCGCACCGCCGGCGUGUUAGAUGCUCCUUCGCGGGGCAUGAUGCGGCCCUACUUGCCCGCCAUGGGCCGGUUUGACAACGGCAUGGGAACCGGUGACUUGACUGAGGAUGCAGAGUACAAUCUCACUGAGGCUGUCAAGAAGCUACACUUGCCCGGCUCCAACCUCGGCGACGAUGGAACUCUGGAAGGACCCACUCGAUCGCUGUGGCUCGGCAACAUUCCAUCUUCGACCACCGUUUCGUCGCUCCAGGUUAUCUUCGCUCAGUACGGUGGGAUUGAGUCUACCCGUGUUCUCACACACAAGAACUGCGGUUUCGUCAACUACGAGAAUCUUGAGAGUGCCGUCCAAGCAAAGUCAACUUUGAACGGAAAGGAGAUCUUCCCUGGUGCUGGCCCCGUCCGCAUUGGUUACGCUAAGAUUCCAAGCGCAGCAGCUACGCCUGGCCACAAUGGUCUGUUCCCUUCACCGAGUCCUGACCCGUUGUCAAAGGCUCAGGCUGAGGGCACAGCUGGCUCUGCCGCCGCUACCAAGGUGGCCAACAUUCCCGCGAAUGUGCCUUUGACCACCCCAGAGCUCAGCGACAUCCGUACCGACAUUAUCCAGAUUGUGAAGGAGUUGGGCGCCACGGACGACGAGCAGACAAGGAUCACCACCAAGGUCGAGAAGGCUGUCCAGUUCAACAACUACGUCGACGAGAUCCCAUCUGUCGAAGAGCCGAGCCACACCCGCAUUCACGACGCCCCCAGACUGCGAGAGAUCCGCAAGCGCAUCGACAACGGAUCCUGCUCCAAGGAGGACAUUGAGAACAUUGCUAUGGCCAUGCUCCCAGAAAUCGCUGAACUGUCUUCUGACUACCUUGGAAACACUGUCGUGCAGAAGCUGUUCGAGUUCUGCGAGGAGCCUACCAAAGAAGCCAUGCUUCGCGAGAUUGCACCCCACCUAGCCAAGAUUGGUGUGCAUAAGAACGGAACAUGGGCUGCGCAGAAGAUCAUCGAUGUGUCCAAGUCCGAGACUAUGCAGAAGAUGGUCGUAGAUGCUGUCCAACCUUAUGCUAUGGCUCUCUUCCUCGAUCAGUUCGGCAACUACGUCAUGCAAGGCUGCCUCAAGUACCAGAAGUUCAACGAUUUCAUCUUUGAGGUCAUGCUGGGCAGACUCUGGGAUCUCGCCCAAGGUCGAUUCGGUGCCCGUGCCAUGCGAGCUUGCUUGGAGAGCCACUAUGCCACCAAGGACCAGCAGCGCAUGGUAGCUGCUGCAAUCGCUCUUCACAGCGUGCAGCUCGCAACCAACGCGAAUGGUGCCUUGCUCCUGACCUGGUUCCUCGACACCUGCACCUUCCCAAGGAGGCGUACGGUCUUGGCUCCCCGCCUAGUCCCGCACAUUGUCCACCUCUGCACACACAAGGUUGCAUACCUCACAGUCUUGAAGAUAAUCAACCAGCGCAACGAGCCAGAAGCUCGUGACACCAUCCUUCAGGCACUGUUCUUCUCUCCCAACGACCAGGUAUUGGAAAGCAUCUUGGCCGACCAGAACUGCGGUGCCACCUUGAUCUUCAAGGUACUCACCACUCCCUUCUUCGAUGAGCAGAUCCGUGCGGAUGUAGUAACAAACGUUCGCAACGUUCUUCUUCGCAUCAAGGCGCAGCCCCAACAGGGCUACAAGCGACUCAUGGAUGAGGUAGGUCUUUCCACUCGUGGCGGACCUGGUCAUCGUGAGCACUCCGCAACCCGCCCAGCGUCCAAGGACAGCAUUGCGUCUGGACCGCCAAACCCUGGGCAAUUCUAUCAGGGAGCGGCAGCUGGCUUCGACCCUGUCGCACUCCAGCGCACAGCAAGCAUGGACUCCAAUGGCUUCGAGCAAUACCCAAUGGGCGGUGGACCCAUGUACAUGCCAAACAUGCAGGCCAUGAACAACCAGCAGCAGAUGCAGUACCAGCAGCUCCUGGCCCGACAGGGUCAGUUCUACCCUCAGAUGAACGGCUUCCAAGGUCCCGUUCCAGGCAUGGAUGCCUACCGCAAUGCGUCGCCUGUUGCAGGCCCCGGCAGCUUCAACGGAUCACCGAUGAUGCAGCCCGCCAACCUCGCCGGUCAGGGCAUGCCCGGCAUGUACCCUCCCUACGGCAUGUACAUGCCACCCCAGCACCAGCAGGCGGCUGGAGGCAACCAGCGACGUGGCAGAGACAUUCUAUCCCACUACUACAAGUUACUCAGACCUCCAAUGGAUCCUCCCGAAAGCAACAAGAAUCUGCCUGCUGCAGAAACGCAGGAAGUUGCAGAAAUGCAGAAAGUUGCAGAAAUGCAGAAAGUUGCAAAAACACAGAAAGCCUGGCCUCUACAACAUUACUGGGAGGGGGAAAUAACAACUGGCUAUACAAACUCCGAGAAACUGAGAAAGCUCCACCAAAAGCUUUUCCCGGAGUUCUACAAAGAUGAGAACAAACGCGGGGACGAUCACCAGUGGGACCCCAUUGAGAUUAAAGGUGAACGUAUGCUGUACUCGUACCAACGUCGCGAUGGGGCGGCUCGGGAUCUCAAGAAAGAAUUCCCUGAGUUUGAAUGGCCUGAGGGAGACGUGUGGGGGUCUGGCAGGCGUGAGUUUGUUCAGGAAGAACUGCUUCGGACAGGUGUGCUAAGCUUAUUUGCAGUCCUUAAAGAGAUGAGAAAAGCGCACCGGUCAUCCAAAGACGAAGCAGCAGAUGCAGUAUCGAAAGCGAAGGAAGAUAGUGACGGAAAGGGAGAGGAGAUGGAGAAGCUGAAGGAGAACAUGUCUAUACCGGCCAAGUCGAAGGUCUACUUGGUAACAUACCCCGCAACGCUCUCCAAAGAAGGCACCAUUCCUGUCGAAGAGAAGAUCGAGGCUCUCACAAACUAUCCAUAUGCCCUGAAAUUAGUCGGCCUUGAGGAGGAUGGUCUGGAUAAAGAUGGUAAAGAGGUCCCAGGAUGGAGCAUCAAAUACAUUGGCAUCAUGACCGCAGAGGAGGCUCGCCAAAAGUACAGUGUCGACGAUGGUGAGCCCGUAGAAAUUGAAGAGGGCGGCGAAUGGCAAUGUUACGAAAAGGGUCAAUGGGCCACUCCUGGACUCUUCCACGAACCGGUGUUGUGUCCGCCCCUGAUGUUUGAGAUAAACGAAUGGCUUGUUGCCGAGAACAAGAAACAACUUCAAGAAGCCAAAGACAGUGAUGAAGGAUGGGUGCCUCUCCACCCGGAUAUCGCGAAGGGGCCCGGCGGAUGGAUUACCACAGGCUGUGAGUCCUCAUGUAAUCCACAGAAUAAUGCCACGCUAAACGAUAAUCUAGUUCAAGAUGCCUACCUUCAGUUGCUAGAUCAGAGGAAGAAUGGCAAAGACAAGAAGGCAGUGGAAGUGGGAGGCAAAAUUAAAUCUCCUGGUUUCUUCCAAAGGUGGUUCGGCGGGGGGGAACUAGCCACGAGUGUAGUGACUGGGAUUGCAAUCUCGAGUCUAGAUAUAUGCCAAUGGAGCAACGUCUUCCAGCUCGUGCAAAUAGUUGUGCGAUGA